UUGCUGCUGCAAGCUGGUGCUGACACAGACUUGCAAAACAAAGCCGGCAGGACAGCUCUCAUGGAGGCAGCUCGCUCCGGCCACACGGAAAUUGCGCAGUUGCUGCUGCAAACUGGUGCUGAAACGGCCUUGAAGGUUAGCGACGGCUGCUACCGCUAUACAGCUCUUGUGGAGGCAGCUUUCUUUGGUCACACGGAGAUUGUGCGGUUGCUGCUGAAAGCCGGUGCUGAAAGUGACUUGAAGGAUCAGUUUGGCAGGACAGCGCUUUUGCAGGCAGCUAGCAAGGGCCGCAGGCAGAUUGUGCAGUUGCUGCUGCAAGCUGGUGCUAACAAGGAUGAG